AUGUUGCAGGUGAUGCCCAGCGAGGCCAUCGAAGAGCCGCCCAGUGCCCUCAUCUCCUUCGAGGAGUUCACCAAGAUGCCGCACGAUGUGUGGCUGCUGAUCAUGGACCUGCUGAACCCGGUCGACUUACUGCAUCUGGCCUAUUCUGACAGCUACUUCAAGGAGCUGGUGACGGCCUCGCCGAAGCGAUGGGGCCUGAUCAAGGCGCAGCUUAACCCUUCUUUUCUCGACGCGAGGACCUACAAGUUCAUCGAUCUUGGCAACUACGUGGGGCCGGCCAAGUUGGCCAAGAAGAAGAAGUAUUUGCUCGGCUACGGCGACGAAUACGCCUUCAAGCGAUACAUGUCCGGGGUCCGGAAGGAACUCGCUGGGUUUUGCCGCCAUGUGCCGCCUGACGUUGAUCGCGAACCGGCAGCUCUAGAUGAUCUCUUCAUCCUGUUAAACAACGCGGUCUUUGAUCUUUUUGGCUACGGUGUCGACUGGAAUCUGCCGGACCCGAGCAAGUACAGGACGGCUCCUCACGUGCGGGCCCACAUCGCCCUGAUGUCCAUCAACGGCCCGAAACUGGAGCUGUGCCGUCAGAUUGCUGCGCUCGAGCCGAUGGGCAUUGCCAUCCACACCAGCACCGCCAACCAGCUCGGCCCCGUCAUCUCGGAGGUGGCCAUGCUGAUGCCGGUUGGACCUGCAGGUGGCCAGGAUCAAACA